UCUGUUUUACGCGCUGCAAAUGAACGCCACAUUUGAGCUCUAUUUAUAGCGUUUGCCUUAUUCCUGGGACGUUAAAAGCAGCUUUGGCGUUGCGUAAUUCACGCAGUAAUAACAAAGGGAUCACUGUGUAUAAGUUCAGCCCGAACCCGAGUCCAGACGGCACAGUUAGACCUUCUUCUUCCUCUUCUUCUUCUUGUGCUGAUGCUGCUGUACAACAAAAACUCCUCAGUCACAGUCAUCAUCGUCAUCCUCAUCAUCACCACAGUGCUCAACAGGAGCCCCGAUGUCUGCCCGGACCGCAUUCACAGCUCGGUCAUGUGUGAACUUGAACGUGAGGGCAGGAAAUAAAGCGCGCUCCUCCGUUAUUGGCACAUCGUGCGUAACAGGGAAGUAAGCAUAACCUACUUUCUGCGCUGCUGAAAGUUGCCUUCAACCCGUGCGAACUGCUCGGCUCUCCAAGCUGCUCUCUCCUCGGUUCAGAAGAAGCUUCUUGAAGGACACAGUUGGAGCUAAAAUUAAGUGAUGGGGCCCGGAGAGGAUCAGUAGGGUAUUCGGACUGGUGGAGGACUUAUGAGACAGAGGAGGAGGAAGAGGCGACGGACCGGAGCGCUCUUUUUUUUUCAAUGUUUUGAGAUCUGUGUUUAACUGAAGCCCUGCUUGAUCAUGGCCCAGUGGGUACACAUGUCCCAGAUGAUACAGUGCCUGCCUGAUGAGACCAUCAACAACCUCUAUCCCCCAUCCGCCUUCCCCAUUGAAGUCAGACAUUUUUUAGCUGAAUGGAUUGAGAGCCAAAGAUGGGACGACUUUGCGCUGGAGAAGGUGGAGCAGGAGAGCCAGGCUCAGGCUCUGUUGGACCAGACCAUCAGCUUGCUGCAGUCGAUUGCUCAGCAGAACGCCAACGUGGUGGACCGGAUGAAGCUGAUGCAGAUCAGCAGGAACAUGACCAUGUUUCAGCCGCAGCCUCUGCAGUUUGGCGUGAUGGUCAGGGACAUCCUCAGGAAGGAGAGGGUUCUGCUCAACACGCCCACUCAGAUACCCAGGCCUCCACAGUACCAACAGUGCACGAGUAGAGAGUCUUCCUUCCCCAACAUGCAGGACGUAGACCACCUGGUUCUGAAGGUGCUCGAUGUCCAGGAAGCCCGACAGAAGAUGCACCAGCUGCAAGAAGAGCUCAACUGGGAGAGGCAGAACUACGAGGGUUUACAAGGGCCGAUCCAACAGAACGGACUGGAUCCCUCGAAGUCAGAAAUCCAGAAACUACAGAACCACAUCCAGCAGCUCGAGUACAAUGUGAAAGCAACAGCCACGAAGCGUUUCCAGCUGCUGAAGGAGUGCGUGGACUGUCUGGACCAGUGUCAGACCCGACUGAUCAGCAGGCUGAAGUCGUGGAGGUGGGAGCAGCACAAGGCCGCCAUUGGACAUCCCUUUGACGACAACCUCAACCCGCUGCAGACCUGGUGUGAGCAGCUGCUUGGAGUGAAUGGGAAACUGCGACAGGAAUUGAUGCUGAUAGGGGAACCGAUCCCAGAGCUCCAGGAAAGGCUGGGCCAACUUCUGCAGGUUCUGGUUCAAAGCUCUCUUGUAGUGGACAAGCAGCCCCCACAAGUCAUUAAGACCCAGUCAAAGUUCUCCACGACUGUGCGAUAUCUGCUGGGGGAGAAAAUAGCUCCUGGGAAGCCUGUGGUGCUGAAGGCGCAAAUCAUUAAUGAACUGCAGGCCAGGAACCUGGGCAGUGUACCCGGGGAUAACGUGGGCGAGCUGAUCAACAACACGGCCAUCCUCGAACACAACACAUCCAGCAAGAGCACAUGUGCCACCUUCAGGAAUAUGUCCAUCAAGAAGAUCAAGAGGGCCGACAGAAAGGGAUCAGAGUCUGUGACAGAGGAGAAAUUUGCUCUCCUGUUCUCGGCAGAGAUCACCAUCACAGGCUGUGACACUCCCUACAGGAUACAGAUGAUCUCACUGCCGGUGGUCGUCAUUGUCCACGGGAGUCAAGACAACAAUGCUCUGGCCACCAUCAUCUGGGACUGUGCUUUUUCUGAAGCAGACAGAGUGCCUUUCGUGGUGCCGGAGCGUGUGCCCUGGAGGAUGAUGUACAGCACUCUCAACAGUAAAUUCACCGCUGAGGUGCAGACACAACACAAUCUGGACCAUUACAACCAGCACUUCUUGGCCCAGAAGAUAUUCGACAAGCCUGACUUUGCUGACGACUUCAGCAACAUGAUGGUGUCCUGGGCCCAGUUUAAUAAGGAGGUUCUCCCGGGUCGACCGUUCACGUUCUGGCAGUGGUUUGAGGGAGUGAUGGAGCUGACCAAGAAGCACCUGAAGACCUACUGGAGUGAAGGGCUGAUAUUUGGCUUCAUUGGGAAGCAGCAUCUACACCUGAUUCUCAAAGACAGGCCCAACGGGACGUUCUUGCUUCGCUUUAGUGACUCUGAGAUCGGAGGGAUCACCAUUGCAUAUGUGUCUGCUACUGAGAAUGGGGGACAGAAAAUCCAGAACAUCCAGCCCUUCACCAAGAGAGACCUUGAGAUCCGUAGCCUUGGCGACCGCAUCCGGGACAUCAGCCACAUAACACACCUGUAUCCUGAAUUUCCUAAACAUGAAGUUUUCAAAAAAUUCUACUCAGAGCCUCAGGCGUCACCCAUCGGAGGUUACAUCCCUGUGUCGCUCCACACUAAAGUCGGCAUGGAAGCUGGCACAGCCACGCACCCAGCUCCCAGUAUGGCCCCUCUCGCUGAAAGCCCUCACAGCACUGUCGGCUUCCCAGUGCAUCAGUUCCAGCAGCCAUUCAGCCCACAAGAGUCCAUCCCUCAGGACAUAAUGGAGACAGCACCGACUCCUGCGGUGGAGUUCAGUCCAAACCCUCCUGUUGUCUUCACUGAACACAUUUCCACAGGUAACAAUAUGGAGCUAGAUUUUGACACUCUCCUCCAGACUCUGAAUAAUUAGGAAGGCUUCCCAUCAAAGUUGUUUUUGAAGAGCAAAACAGACAUCAAACACAGACCAGGAGUAAACUCAUCUGUCUGACCUUCACGUGAACGAAGCGUCAUUGCGCCAGACUUUCUUCCUCCGCUUCCAUAACCCGUCUACACCUUCAUCUACUUCUGAGAGGUUGGAGGCAAAUUUGAUUCCUGUGGGACUCAUCGUGUUGAGCUGGCGCUACGUGGAAAGCAGGAAAUCAAUUUAAAGACAAGGUCAAACUGAGAGCAAACCAGAAUGAAGGGUCAUCGCUGUCUGUCGGCCAUCUUUGUUGUGCAACCUUUCCUUUCUCUCUCUCUCUCUCUCUCUCUCUCUCUCUCUCCUGAUGGUAGGUUUGUUGAUGGUGAUUUCUCUACUUGUGUGUGUGUGUACUAAACUCCAGGCGUCUUGGAAAAUAAGUGAUUUACUGUACAGAUUACAGCGCUUUUCCACCGUCGACCAAACACGCAUGAAAGCAGGCAGUGUGAUACUUCUGGCCACUGGAGAUUACUGUCUAGAUCAUUUUGUCAUCUGUAAUUGUUGAUUUUUUUUAAGUCAUGAUGAGGAAAGCAUAUUUAACAGGUUCCCCCCCGUUGUGUAUAACCCUUGUGAUUGAAAACCCCGGCGGAGGAUGAGCUAUAGCAUGUUGUACACUCAGUCUCACAGUAACACACAAUAUGCAUGGUAAAUACUUCAUUAAAGCUUUGUGAGCCUGACCCGCUCUGUGUUAUAUUUAGGAUUAGGAACAUGAAAGGAACAAUAAGCUUCUCCAUCACUGGUGACUGUGAAACUAUACCACAUUGACAGACACUUACAAUGCAGCAGAUGGCAGAGCUGGUGGUGAUGGUGCUGGUGGGAAAUGCUUCUAUUAUUCUGUUUACUUAAAGACUCAUUUGUGCGUAUUUUAUGUUAUUUGUAUAUAUUUCUAAAGCUUUUGUGAGCUAAUUCCAGCCAAAAAUUGUUGCCAUUUUUGUAAGUCUGUAUCAGGUCCUGCUAACGGAGUAUAUGUUUCCUGGUGACAUGGUUUAGGUUCUUUGCACACACAAACAAGCAGUUUGUUUAUCUGUCUUCAGUCCCUGGAGUGCUAAAACCGAUGAAAGUAAAUGAUCAAUGAUUCUUCCUUUAUUCUUCUCAAAUUUAAUUUAACUAAAUUAAUGUAACGUUUUGGUUUGAGUUGUGUGAUAAAGAUGAAAAAAGUGAAUAAGGGCAAUCGGAAAUGAAGAACGAAGAACUAAUUAGCAUUUGUAGUUCGUUGGAAUCAUUACAAGAUAAAUCAGACUGUUUUUCUGAAAGGGGAUGCAGGGAUCUUUAAAUCUAAUUUUGUUUGGACUUUAGCAGCUUUUCUUCACAGCUGAAUGUAUAUCAAAACCAAUUUUCCAAACUAAGCUCUGGUUUUAUGAGAAGCUUUGCACUACCUGCCUUCACUGUCAAUGUUAUGCAUGGAUGAAUACAGUGGUGUGCUGGAUGUACCAUGAUGCAUGUAUGUUUGCCGGAUGAUAACCUUUUAUAUCUUGUGGACUGACUUUUGGAUAAAUCACUCCGAGGCUACUACUACAAUCCGUAUAAUCUUUUAACCGUGGUGACAAAAUAAAAGCUCAGUUUUUCGCAAAAUAUCAAAAAUAUUU